AUGAACGUAAAUGUUACUACAAGCACCAACAAUAUCAUGGGAUUGGAUCCUAGAGCCCUGCAAGUGGUCGAGGGAGGUGGUCUUCACACCCUUGAAAUUGUGGCUGAGUCUGCGGAUGUUUCACCACUGCUGAAGGCAGCUGUUGUUGAGACCUUGGCCCUCAUCAGCAUUGUUAAGGAAUUCAAUUUCAGUCAGAAAUCUUGGGCAGAGUUCACCCAAAGUCUCAUCGAGAAAGUCAAGAAGAUCAUCCAGUAUACUUACCAUUACAGCAAGGAUCACCUGUUCACUUUGCAUUAUAGUCUUGAGCUUUUCAAAGAGUGUGUGUUUGUGACUAUUGUCCUGGAUGCCCAUCAAUUGUAA